AUGAAUGAUAACAAUAAAAUAGUAUUAUCGAAAUUGAAUUUUCGAAAAAUAUUUAAUAAAUCAAAAUCUCCAAUCGAAUAUACAUCAUAUAAAUAUCAACAUAUUCAAACGGAAUGGAUUAUUCAUCAAAGUCAUUUAAAAUAUUUAUAUAAUACAAAAAUUCGUGGUGAUUCACAAUUUGAAACUUAUCUUAUUGUAUUAACUCGAAUACCCAUUGAAACUUUCGAGUAUAAAAUUGUAUUAUAUCUAUAUUCUAAUGAAAAUAAAUCUCCAUCAUAUUUUUUUGAAAUAGAUCAAACAACACAAAUUUAUGAUCGAUGUAAUCGAAUUAUAGAACCAGCACCGAAAUAUUUUUUAUUUGAAUUAAAAUUUAUUAAUCAAGAAAAUCAAACUGAAAUAUUUGGUGCAAAAGAUAAUUUCGAACGACAAAUAUGGGUGCGAAUAUUAAAGAAUAUUUUUCCCAAAUCUAAAUCAGAAACAUUACCAGUGGAUUAUUUAUAUUUAUUACCAACAUCUAGUGAAAAUGGUGGAGAAUCUUCUAAUCCAAGAGUCGGUCGUAAGCAAUAUCUAAGCUGUCCAACAGCUCCGUCUGAUUUUGAAUUAUCAUCUUCUUCAAAAGCUGAACAACUUGAACAUACUCAAUCUUCUAUUAAUGAAAAUAAAAACCAUCAGUUAUCUGGUAUUGAAUUAUGUUCAAAUGAUAACUCAAAUCCUUUUCAAGAAAAAAGACUUAUGUGGAAUAGCAUUUUUUAUCGAAAUAAAAAUAAUGAUUAUCCAAGUAUUCUUGCUAGAACUAAUGAAUAUGGUACCUUUCUUAUUCGACCUCAAUCAAAAAAAUCAAGUACCAGUAAUCAUGAUUAUACAUUAUGUUUGUAUUAUCAAUUUAAUGACAUUCGAUGUUUUCCAAUAUAUCAAUUAUCGACACGAAAAAAUGAAUAUAGUUUAGCACAAAAAGAUUCAAAAAAUUUUGUCGAUAUGAUUCAUCUUUGUGAAUAUUAUAAAACAAAUCCAUUACCGAUGUCUACAAAUAAUAAUGUUUAUCUAAAAAAUCCUUAUAAAUAUUUUAUCAAUGAAUAUCAUGAUAAAAAUAAAAAUCAUUGA